UUAACUCUUUUUCUCACCGCAACUGAAUAUCUGGUGCUUGCUGUUACUAUUCGGGCAGGCAGAAACAAAUUCACGACCGCUGAUUGUUUGGUGGGUUCGAUACCAAAGAAAACAGUACUCAAUAUGCCAAACAGAAAUCCUACGAGCUGGCUAUUGAUUAUGAAUGAUUAUUGACCGACUCUUGUAUGACUGUCUAACUAAGCUGCAAGAACUUUGAAAAGUUAAUCAAAAUUUUACAAGCAACAAUCGCAGGCUUGAUAGAAAGCGUAAUCAAUGACCCGCUCUGACAAUUGCUCUUGUUUUUUCACUGUUCUGUGUGUUUUUACGCCACGUACAGUCUACGCGACCUUUGGGUGUGGCAUCCAACUACUUUGCAAGUGACAAUAGUAUGACAAUCAGUACAGUAUCUAUUCUCGGUGAUGCACGCAGUGUGGUGCCUAAUGUAUUUAGCACUUCGUUAUAUAUAUUCAGACAAACGUAACAACGGGCGACCUUGACCGUUCGAGGCAUUUGUACUCCAGUAAAGUGUCGAGCAGGACUCAAUGAGUCGGUCUGUUAAUGUGUUAAUUUUUCUGGUUCCUGUCGCUAUGAUGGCCGCCAGGCAAACAACUACUCGUGAUUCUAGUCGAGUCUACGACAACUAUCAACAAUUCGCUUUUCCGUCUGCCAGUGACAAUCAGAAGAAACCAAAAUUGUCGACUCUCCUCGCUAAUGAUUCGAGUCAAGCCAUCACUGGACCAUCCAUGCGUCGCAAGGAGCGAAAAGUUGAGCCGGUCUCAUCAAUUAACGCUGCUUCUCGUUUAUCGGGCGCUCAAAACGGCUGUAAUCCUGCCCGAUAUCGUCUCACCCUACGACACGGCAACUGCUCGCGUCGAGUUGAAACUACGAUGUGUUACGGACGAUGCAUCAGCUACACCCGUCCCGGCUCUCACACAGUAGUGGGACGCUCUCUCGCAAAAAUCUCUAGUUCGUGUACUUGUUGCUCUCCUGUUGGAGAGGUCCUAGAAAAGAGAUACCAAGUUUACUGCGGAAGUAAGAAAACCAAGAAGACAUUUUAUGUCUCUCGGGUCGAGAAAUGUAGAUGUAGACCUUGCAUUGGAAUGUAAGUAAAAAAACUACAAAAAAUUGGACGGUUUUGUUUCAUACUUAUUAUGAGACAUCUAGUGUGUUCGUAUCUGUGUAAGUAAGAUGCAUGCAUUUAUUAAGAAAUAAAUUUUUUUACAUU